CCUAGGGCGUUGGUGCAUCCACUCCAGUGCGUGGGAGGGUUCUGGUAGUGGGGCCUGGGGUCGACUGCGCGGCCCAUCUGCGGCGGCAGAGUUCUUAUUUCCUCUUCUCCCAGAUGGGGCUGGCUCAGUCGGUGUCAACGCCUGCAGUCCGUCUGGUCGCCUAGGUCCUUGCACCAGAAGACUUACUAUUCACUUUCCCUCUGGAGCGAUGUGCGGGACAGUCGGAAACCCCAAGCUCUGGUGGGAGCCAGGUCUCUUUACCAUUUUCUACCCUCUAAGGAGGCUCUGCGGGCAGUCCAGGGCUCCACAGGGUCAUGGCUAGGUACACUAAGUUGGAGGGCGGCUGCUGUUCAGGUUCGGACUCAUGAGGAAUCGCCCAAAUCCCAGGCACGGAUUCCACUCCCGGUGGUUGUCGGGACCUCUUGCUAGUCUCCUCUCAUCGGGAACUAGACCAUCCAGAGCGAUUAUGAGUCACAAAGCCUUAGGGAUUUGGGGGACACCACGGGACGGGGUCCUGCGGGAGACCCCACCCCGAGGCGGGGGUGACGCCCGCGGUCACUUCACAAGGCAGAAAUUGUUACCUGGGCAAUAAAAGACACCGCGGCGGCGGGGGCCCGGGAGUGGGCACAUGGGGGUGCGGGUGUGCAGGUGCCAAGCACCAUGGGUUAGGCCCGAGAUCGGAGUCCGGCCGCCCCCCGACAGCAGCCGCCUCCUGCUCCCCACGCGCCCCAGGCGCCACCAUGUCGGGCGACAAACUUCUGAGCGAACUCGGCUAUAAGCUGGGCCGCACAAUAGGCGAGGGCAGUUACUCCAAGGUGAAGGUGGCCACGUCCAAAAAGUACAAGGGCACGGUGGCCAUCAAAGUGGUGGACCGGCGGCGCGCGCCGCCCGACUUCGUCAACAAGUUCCUGCCACGGGAGCUGUCCAUCCUUCGAGGCGUGCGGCACCCGCACAUCGUGCACGUCUUCGAGUUCAUUGAGGUGUGCAAUGGGAAGCUGUACAUCGUGAUGGAGGCUGCCGCCACCGACCUACUACAGGCCGUGCAGCGAAACAGGCGUAUCCCAGGGGGGCAAGCGCGCGACCUCUUCGCGCAGAUCGCCGGCGCUGUGCGCUACCUGCACGACCAUCACCUAGUGCACCGCGACCUCAAGUGCGAAAACGUGCUGCUGAGCCCUGAUGAGCGUCGCGUCAAGCUCACUGACUUUGGCUUCGGCCGUCAGGCGCAUGGCUACCCGGAUCUGAGCACCACCUAUUGUGGCUCGGCCGCCUACGCGUCGCCCGAGGUACUCCUGGGCAUUCCCUACGACCCCAAGAAGUACGACGUGUGGAGCCUUGGCGUCGUGCUCUACGUCAUGGUCACCGGGUGUAUGCCCUUCGACGACUCAGACAUCGCAGGCCUGCCCCGGCGCCAGAAGCGCGGCGUUCUCUACCCCGACGGCCUCGAGCUGUCCGAGCGCUGCAAGGCCCUGAUCGCCGAGUUGCUGCAGUUCAGCCCGUCGGCCAGGCCCUCCGCGGGCCAAGUAGCGCGCAACGGCUGGCUACGUGCGGGGGACUCCGGCUAGAAGCCGGGGUUCCCACUAUUCCCGCCGCCCCGAGCACUGCGCAAGCGCAGCGCACGCGCGAGCAGCGCGUUUCUGGAGUGCCGCGAAGCCGCCGCGCGCCGCUGCUCACGCGCUCUUCCCCCUUCCCCACUCCCAAGACGCCGGGCGCA